AGCACUCUCUGCUCCUUUUCCUGACACACUCUCGCCCAUAACUGCGGGAGUCUUACCCUGCCCUGGCUUGUUUGGAGUUACUCAUGUGGCAGCACCCCUGCCCGGCCCUCUGCUAAGCUGUCUCUGAUCCUGUGCACGGUCCCUGCCCUUCAGCAUUUCAUUCACUUCUCUCUCUUUAACUUUUUCGGAGCUUUCCUCCCUCCUUUGGUUAACUCCAAAGCACUUCUCUCUCCCUGUGCUACUUAAUAUUACUGUAUCCUCCAUAUCCCUCCGAACCUCAUCAUUUUCUCUCUAAGCGGCUAAACCUUCCGACUUUAUCUCCUUUAUUUACAAAUCAUUCUCUUUCCCCCGCUUUUCAUCUAACCGCUCUCCUUCACUCCAAUGCCGGACUGUCACCCAUAGCUGGGAUUGGUCCCACCAUUCUCCUCCAUCUUUGCUCCGUUUUGGCCCUAGGAUGUCGGCCUUACAGAAGCUGGAGAAUUUGGCAUCCCGGGUGUUCAGCCGUGGGCCGAGAAGUCCUGCCCCAGUGCCCCCUGCAAACGCUGGCCCCCAAGCACCCUGUUUGCCUUACAACGUACUCAGCUGGGACCGGGAGAUGAAAGAAUUUCUGGCCAAAGCAAAAGAAGAUUUUCUGAAAAAAUGGGAGAAUCCAGCACAGAACACGGCUCACCUGGACCAGUUUGAGCGAAUUAAAACCCUUGGCACUGGGUCGUUUGGGCGAGUAAUGCUGGUCAGACAAAAAGAAAAUGGCAGUCACUUUGCUAUGAAGAUCUUGGACAAGCAGAAGGUGGUGAAGUUGAAGCAGAUUGAGCACACUUUGAAUGAGAAACGGAUCCUGCAGGCUGUGAAUUUCCCAUUCCUUGUGCGGCUGGAGUAUUCAUUUAAGGAUAACAGCAAUCUGUAUAUGGUCAUGGAGUAUGUAGCCGGCGGGGAGAUGUUCUCUCAUUUGCGCAGAAUCGGGCGCUUCAGUGAACCUCACGCACGCUUCUAUGCAUCCCAGAUUGUAUUAACUUUUGAAUAUCUGCACGCCCUGGAUCUUAUAUACAGAGACUUGAAGCCAGAGAAUCUUCUCAUAGACCAACAGGGAUACAUCCAGGUGACAGAUUUUGGCUUUGCAAAGAGAGUGAAAGGGAGGACCUGGACCCUGUGUGGGACCCCCGAGUACCUUGCGCCAGAAAUAAUCCUUAGCAAGGGUUAUAAUAAGGCAGUGGAUUGGUGGGCCCUAGGAGUCCUGAUUUAUGAGAUGGCUGCGGGAUAUCCUCCAUUUUUCGCUGAUCAGCCCAUUCAGAUCUAUGAAAAAAUAGUAUCAGGGAAGGUCCGGUUCCCCUCUCACUUCAGCUCCGACUUGAAGGAUCUUCUCAGAAACCUUUUGCAAGUCGACCUGACUAAGCGAUUUGGGAAUUUGAAGAACGGUGUCACAGACAUCAAGGGACACAAAUGGUUCAGUACCACGGACUGGAUUGCAGUCUACCAGAAAAAGGUGGAAGCUCCCUUCAUCCCUAAAUGUAAGGGUCCUGGAGACACGAGUAAUUUUGACGACUAUGAAGAAGAAGAGAUCAGAGUUUCAAUCACGGAAAAGUGCGCUAAAGAAUUCUCUGAAUUCUAACUUGCACCCGGAGAAGGCGGAGCAGUCACCAAACACUCCCCUCGAGCAAGAGAGAGCGUUGGAGUGAGCACCACUGGCAGGCACACAACCACCUCUUCCCUUUCACACUACCCUCCUUCCAAGCUUUUUAUUAGUGGUGCAGAUCAGACAUGGCGGCCAUCCUUGUUUUAUCUCGGAUCUGGUGCUGCUGGUUCUGAUUCGGCCUGGAGAUCCCCAAGUCUCUCUCUUCCCCAACACUUUUGUUUCUCUCUCUCUGACAGAUUCGAGGGGCCAAGAAUUAUUUCAAUAUGUGACUGGUUCCUCUGGGGUGGAGUCAGAACCUUGGGGGCAGAGCCUCAACCCUCAGCGGGGGCGAGGCCUGGUUUCUUUUUUUAACCAUUUUCAUCCGAGCAAGCCGGCCACUGGUUUUUAUUGAUUAAUUUACAUAGUAUAAAUAUAUAUAUAUAUAAACGUGGAACUGUUUUAAUCUGAACCUCUUCCUCCCCCCAUCAGUCGUCUCUUUCUCCAUAGCCCAUUAUAGAGGGAUUUUUAAAUUCAAUGUGCCAGUUUUACCAAAAAAUCGUCCCCUUUUUUUUUUUUUUUUUUUUUUUUUAUGUUUAUUCGUUUUUUUUCAGCAUGUAUCUUCUCUUGUCCUUGAUAUCUUUUAAAAAAAAAAAAAAAAAAAAAAAAAUGGGCAACCCUCUGCUUUGAUACUAAAACUAGAAAUGCAGUUAUUAAAAAGGAACGUAAUCCAUUUCCUGUUGGACUUGUAAAAUGGCCGCUCUUGCGCCUUCUACUCUUCCUGGGGCAGCACCGUUCUCCCUUUACACCUCAGUAUUAUUCCCAUCACCUGAGCAGGUUCUAUCUGGGCGUCACGUUGUUCAGCGAGAGCCAAUGAGACGCCGCGUCACAUGACUAAAUUUAAUGGGCACGACAUUCCGUAUUAAUGCUGGCGCCAUCAAUGUUGGCGAGUUGAAGCCGUUGAGUUGCUUGAUUUCCUACUCAAUCGCAAAAUCACGGCCUCAGCUUCCUGAACUAACCGAUAGGUAGGGUAGGAAGUGGUUUAUAUUUUUUUAAGGGCCUAUUGACAGGCAAUUGCAAUAGGAUGCACCCAAAAAGGCAAUAAAUCCCCGUGCAGCUCUUAGGAUCAGAAUCGUAG